GUUUUGCACAAGAAAUGUCAUCCAGAAAGGGCAAUCUUCUUCCACCGUCAAAUUAUACCACAAAGAUGUCAUGCUCCGAUAGUCCAUCUGGAAAUUCCUUUCUGGUCGACUCCUUGAUCCACGGAAGGGCCGAGGGAAGUGGGCACUACUACCAAAACAGCGGAGUCUACUUGCAGCCGACCUCCGAAUAUUCUUACGGACUAUCUAACUGUGGCUAUUUUCCUGGACUCAAACGGAGUGAGAGCAAUUCCCAAAAUGUGAUCCCUGCAUGUGGCCCAUAUCAAGGCAUGGAAGCAUGGCUGGAGACGUCUAGGUCCUGUCGCAUCGAACAGCCUAACAACCAAAUUACCCCACGGUCUUUCUCGCCCACCAUUAAAGAGGAAAACUCUUACUGCUUAUACGAGUCGGAGAAGUGUCCAAAAGACACCGUUACAGAGGAUAUAUCGUACUCUCGUCUGACACCAAACUCAUGCCCAUCCAGCAACAAUAACGGCUGUGUUCCGGUGCCUGGCUACUUCCGCCUAUCUCAGACAUGCACCACAUCUAAAGGUUUUCCAGACAACCAGUCUAUUUCGCCUCACGUUGCUCCUCAACGUUCGACUCGAUUUGACAGCUCUCUUUCGGCCAUACCAGCAGAAACAAGCAGGGAAGAGAGCGAUGAAACCUCCUCAAGCGCACCAUGCGCCCCGGGAAGAAACAAGGAGCUAAGGGGUUCCACCGGCACCGCUUCAUCUCCCGAACCACCGGACAGUCCAGAAAAGGCGAUACAUGUUACUAAAGGAGAUUCCAAAAAUGACAAUACGGUUAACUGGCUGACGGCGAAGAGUGGCCGUAAGAAGCGUUGCCCCUACACCAAACAUCAGACUCUAGAGCUGGAGAAAGAGUUCCUCUUCAACAUGUACUUGACACGAGAGCGUCGCCUGGAGAUCAGCCGCAGCGUUCACCUCACGGACAGACAAGUCAAAAUAUGGUUUCAGAACCGUCGGAUGAAGCUGAAGAAGAUGAGUCGAGAAAACCGAAUCCGAGAGCUGUCGGCUAACUUCAGUUUUUCAUGAAGCCUCCUUGUUUGGUUCCAGAUCUCUGGCGCCCUCCUCCAUCAACUGCAGUGGUAGCCUUCUUACAGCAAAGCGUCUCUGUAGGUGUGUGUGCAUAUAUGACUUGUGCAAGAUACUAUUGAUAACUUAUUGUGUGUCGUAUACUGUUGACGUUUUUAUCUGUUUAUGGAAAAUUUUAUUUGACAUCCCUGUCGUCAUAACAUGUCAUGGUUAUUUAUAAACUGUCAAGGGUACCUCACUAUAAAAGUAAGCGAGGGAAAUAUCGAAUGCUGAAGGUGUUUAUUGGAAUUUCUUGUAAAUAACAUUUAGACAAUAUUGUACAUUUACUGUAUAUAACUACGAUAUUUGCAUGUUGUAAUAAUAACUAAUGAAACCAUUUUUUUAAAAAUAAUUAAUAAUACUUUUCUUCUUAAGUAUGACAUUGUCAUGUAUUUGCUGUUCUAGGCAUAAGUGGAAAAGAUCAGUUCUUUAAUUGUAGAAACUUGUAUCGUUUUGAACACGAUGCUUAAUUUUUUUUUUUUCUUUUUUUUUUUUUUUUUAAUUUUAACAGCGUUUAAAGGCAAAAUCUUUCAGGAGACUCAAGCCGAAACGGGAUGGACUCCGCUGUAAAUUAAUUAUUCAUAGAUGGCAGAACUGAAUAAAGGCAUGUAAGCAUAAGAAGUCGUUAUAGCCUACUUUAAACACUAAGUUCUUGUUCUGUCAAACACUCCUGAGGCGUCUUUGUAACGGAGAGUUUGAACCAGUGUUGAUUGUAAUUUUGCUUACUGUAAAAGUAAAGUUGUUUUGUUCUUCAUCUUCUACUAAGUCUUCCCCAGUCAUACUGUUACCAUUAAGAGUCACGCUAAAAUCAUUAUUCCAAUCACUCCUAUCCCAAUUACCCAAUUAUAUUCCUGUCAACUUCAAAUUUGAUCCGAUGGACAUUGCAGUACAUAUUCUUUUAGUAGCAAACAAUUUAUGUAAGAUGACAAAAAUCACUGUCAUCAGAAAAAGUUGGUAAGAUCACAGGUCAAUGUGGACCAAAUGAAUUUGUAUUGUACUUGUUUGCUUGUGCAACACAAUGUCGAGAAAAUAA